ACAUUAAGGUGUUGCAGCAGCGCAAGAGACAGAUGUGAAAAGAAGAGAUUAAAAAAAAAGAAUUUUAAAAAUUAAUUAAAUUAGCAAAUAUGCACAACUUAAGUGGUGCAAAUUUCUUUUAAUUUUUCUUUUCUUUUUGUUUGUCUUUUACUUUUUACUUUUUAUCAGUAUUUAGCUGUUAUUUUAUGAAAAAUACACCCACAAUAAUUAAAUUAUUAAUACUCAAAUUUGGAUUUUAAGUUGGACUAUGUUGCAAUAGAGAUACUUUUAUUUUGAAGACAAACAUUGUAAACUUCCGGUGUUUUCCUGCCUCCGCGUUGACGUAUGAAUCAUCCUUCCCAAGAUGGCGCUACACCUGUUCCUCCGGCGGUGAUCCUUCUUGUUUGUCUGCGCAACAAACGAAAAUAAAACUUCUCGUGAUAAACUGGCGGCGUAGCGAAACACCUGGAGCGAACUCUGUCGUCCACGAUGUCCACAGAGGAGCUGUCAGCCUCGGACAGCGAGGCUGUCUUCGCCGGCGCAGGGGAGCGAUGGGCACCGGUGGGCGCCGUGGCCAGCCCGGAGAGUGAGAGCGGGAGCGGGAGCGCCGGUCAGCCGCGGCAGAGAGGCUCGUCCUCGGCCACCGACGAGGAAAUGGCCGCCAAGCUGAGGAAGAUGGAAGAUGAGCAGGACUUGCUGAACUCCUCUCUGCUCGCCCUCACCUCCCACUUCGCCCAGGUUCAGUUCCGACUGAAGCAGAUCGUUCACGCCCAGAGCGAGGAGAAGGAGAGGAUGCUGGCCGAGCUGGAGGAGUUCGCCUUCAGGGGCUGCCCGCACGUCGUGGGCUGCCGGGCUCAGGACGCCAAACAGCUGGAGAACUCGAGUGAGAGGGAGAAGAGGGAGCGCCUGGAGGCCCAGAGGGAAAAACAGAAGGAUCUCAUUUUCCAGCUGAAGACACAGCUGGAUGAUCUGGAGCGCUUCGCCUACCAGGAGGGCAGCUACGACUCGCUGCCGCAGUCUGUCGUCAUGGAGAGGCAGAAGGUCAUCAUCGACGAGCUGAUCAAAAAGCUGGAUGUGAACCUGAACGAGGACAUCGGGAACCUGUCGCCGGAGGAGCUCAGGCAGCGAGUCGACGCCGCUAUCGCUCAGAUCGUGAACCCAGCCAGGGUCAAAGAGCAGCUGGUGGAGCAGCUCAAAACCCAGAUCAGGGACCUGGAGAUGUUCAUCAACUUCAUCCAGGAUGAGGUUGGGAAUCCUCUCCUGUCAGAUGUUGGACACAAUCAGCAGCCACAAGCUGCAGGGACCAACACCAGAGCUCCAGGGCCAAAGAAGAAAGUGGACCCUGAACAGGCCCAGAAGAUGCGAGAGACCGGUCUGCAGCUGAUCCAGAAGGCCCUUGCCGUGCUGCAGAUCUUCGCCGCAAGCCAGUUCGGCUGCGCUGCUGGACACGUCCCCCAGAGCAUGUGGCCUCAGGAGUCUACGGUACAGGACUACGGACCCCUGCUGCAGCGUCUGGAGGCGGCCGUGGAGAAGGUGCGAGUGCUGGGCUCGUGCCGACAGCCCUCCCUCGAACAUGUCGUCAACUACACCAGCAACUCGGCUCUGGGGCCCCGGGAUGAGCUGACGACGUCCGUGAGAAAGGAGCUGGCGAUUGCCCUCAAAGACUUGUUGGCUCACGGCCUCUUCUCGCCCUCUCAGACCAUGAGCCUGGUGCUGGCACCCAUCUCCUGCCUGCUGCCUUACAGACCCGCCCCACAGACCAUGCACCCGUGGGAACUCUUUGUCAAAUACUACCACUCCAAAAACGGGAAGGCCUUCGUGGAGUCGCCGGCCCGGCAGCUCUCGCAGUCCUUCAGCCUCCCUGUAGGGGGCGGCCCGGUGACCGUCACCCCAAAACAGUCUCUGCUGUGGGCCGUCCACACUGUCCUGAAGGAGCACGGACGCUACAAGCGAGGCCCGGACACGGAGUUCAAAGCGCUGGUGUGCAUGGCUCUGAACGAGCAGCGGCUGGUGUCGUGGCUCAACCUGCUGUGCAAGUCGGGGACUCUGAUACACCCGCACUAUCAGUCAUGGAGCUACAUGGCCCAGACCGGCUUCGAGGGAGCCCUACGCAUCCUGGGCCGCAUCAGCCACCUCAAAUUCAACCUCCCCGUGGACCUGGCUGUCCGGCAGCUGAAGAACAUUAAGGACGCUUUCUGAGGAGGCAACAAAUCCAUUACAAGAAGUAUUUUAUCAGUUAAACUACACCACAUUCAGGACCAAAAAGCAUGUGUUUGUGCUUUGGGUAGAUCACCUUUUAAAGGUCGUUUAAGCAGCCACACAUCUGAAGUAAAACCUACAGUACAUGCAUGGAUGAUUGUGUUGUUUGCAAACACUAUCCGCACAUCCCACUAUAUUUAAGAUGCCAAAACGACAAAAAGAAAAACGAUGCUACUUGUACUGUAAACCUGCCUUAGAGUGGAGCUUGAGAUUACCUCAUCCUUUAGUAAAGCCUUCCUGACCUUUGCAACCUGUGCUCAUCGUCGUACAGCAUCAUUCCCCCCGUGCAGAGUUUUCCACAAGUGCAUUGUUAAACCACCCAUUUAAGUCACUGCGUAUCAUGUUUGAAGGUUAAGGAGGUUUUUACCAAGAGCCGAAUUAUCCUCAGAGGUUUCCUCCGCUCCAAAACAAACAGACACGAUAAUUAAAACUGGACAACACGGACUAAAGUGGUUUCACGUUAAAAUCAGUGUUUUUCUGGCGCUCUUUGGCGAACACAAGACGUCAGUAAGGGGCUGUUAGCUGAGCUGCGGCUACCGUUAGCUUGUUUUUAUUGUGGGAUUCCUUCACUGUUCAUCAUUCAGAGGGAUUUUUACUAAUGAAUUACUACCGAACCGAAUUAUUCACAGAAGUCUCCUCUCCAAAUAAAAGAGCCAAGUAAUGAAAAUCCCUCAAAUUAACACAGAAUAAAGCGGUUUCACGUUAAAAACAGCGUUUUUCUGGCGCUCAUCGGUGGACAUCAGUAGGGGUUUGUUAGCUGAGCUGCGGCUAACGUUAGCUUAGCUUGUUUUGUUUUUAGUGUGGGAUCCCCUCACUUUUCAUCGUUCAGAAGGAUUUUAUUGAGAACACAAUUGUCUCCUCGCCAAAACAAAAGGACCGAGUAAUUAAAAUCCGUUAAAAUAAGACAGAUUAAAGUGGUUUAACGUUAGAAAUAAGUGUUUUUCUGUGACGCUAAUAGGCAGCCAAGAUGUCGAGGGUGGCUUUUGCUCAACUUGUUUCUGUGGUUACCAGACAUACAAUGUAGGCCAGCCGUCUGGCUGCAGCCUGCGCUUAUGGAAAACCCUGCCCUGUGUACAUGAUAGUUCCCCGGCCUAUGCAUCAAAGACAGGUUGGAUUUUGUACAGUAGUCAGUACUGUAACAUGGCUGCAAGUUAGACAAUCCAGGAAGGAGCAGAAACAUUUCUCGAUACUGUGGCUUCUACACAGUAACAAGAGCUCUGUGGUGUGUUGUUGUGAUCCUGGUAUUUUGGUGCUUGUGCUGCUCCAUUCUUCUGAAUUAUUUUAGGUGGUCAAUCACAUGUAGCUAAACCAUGGCGCUCAGGUCGACUUGAAAUGAGAAAUAUCUCACAGUUUCUGUCAGGGGGCGAAGUUAAAAGUGUUGUUGCCUAAAAAAAUAUGCAGUUAUCAGUUGUUGCAUGUUGUGUUUUCAGGUGUGAGCAUUUAAACCCUGUAUGAACUGCUGCUUCUCUCCCAUUCCAGGAGUUAAAAUUAAAAUUAACUGACAGAUGUAACGGCUUUACAUCCUGUACUUAGUGAUUGUAGGAUAUUAAAAGUUUUGUUUUAUUUCCAUCAGAGAAAUUAGUUUUUAUCUUUCUGAGACAGCUGAGUUGCACGAAUCGUAUCCUUAAAUACUGAAUGUACAAACCAUAGAUGCUAUUAACCUGAGGUUAGUUUAUAUGUGCUGAUGUUUUUCCUUCUGUUCAUGUACGAGAAUGAAACUUCAGUGUUCCUGGGCCCACGUGUACAUGUAGGUAUCAAACCUGUGAGAGCAGGCGUGCUGAUAAAACCACUACAUUUGUAUUUCCUGAGAUAAAAACCUGGAGAUGCAUUUUAUCUUGUUUGUUUUACGUUCAUGGGAACUGUGUGUUAUAUUCCAGGCUCUGUUUAAUGCUUGUAACGCUGUAUUUUGCUUCCUCUUUCCCCCUUUUUGUUGUGUUUUGUUCAACUGUUAAUGUAAAGAAACAUUUAUUUAUUUAUUUGACGGCAUGUUGUAGCUCAACACUGACAUAGGUAGAACAUAUCAGAAUACUGUAGCUGUACACUGGAUCAUUUAAAUUUAUGUUAAAAUUAUAUUAAUGUUCAUUUUAUUUAAUCACUUUAAUGACAGAUAAUAUAUUGGGAAAUACGAACCGUGGUCUGAUUUGGUUUUUAUCAUGUUUAAUGCAUACAUACAGCUGUAAACACAUUAAACAUAAUAAAUGAAACGCUGCGCUGUUUGA